UGUGUAGGAGGUACGCGCGCGCUCCGCUCUUCACGUCGUUCGCAGUGUGUAAAUGAAUUUCCGAUAGGUUUUCACUUUGAGAACUUAACUGGAAAAUAAUGAUAAUAAUAAUAAUAAUAAUAUGACCAAACCCGAAUUGGUCAAUUUCGCCAUUGUUUCAGUUUACUAGCCUCAGAGAGCACGUCGCGCGCAGCCUGUUUUCCCGCUUUUUUUUUUAUUCUGCACGCGAAGACCUGAGUGUAAGACGCACGCGGAGGGGAAGCCAAACACGUUUAAACCACAUAGACACUCAUUCUUCAAGGUCACUUGUCCUGCGUGUGCUGCCCCCUGCAGGAGCGGAGGUGAUGAGUGUGUGUGGGAGGAAGGCUCUGACGCUGCUAAGCAGUGUGUUUGCAGUGUGCAGUCUGGGUCUGUUGGGAAUCGCCGUCAGCACAGACUACUGGCUCUACCUGGAGGAGGGAAUCAUCAUGCCUCUCAACCAGAGCACAGAGAUACGCAUGUCCCUCCACUCAGGCCUCUGGAGAGUCUGCUUCCUGGCAGGAAAAGAGAAGGGACGUUGCUUCACCAUCGAGUAUGUCAUGCCUAUGAACGUCCAGAUGACAUCAGAGUCCACAGUCAGUGUCCUGAAGAUGAUCCGCUCUGCCACGCCGUUCCCACUGGUCAGUCUUUUUUUCAUGUUCAUCGGCUUCGUCCUGAGCAACAUCGGCCACAUCCGUCCCCACCGCACCAUCCUAGCGUUCGUCUCCGGAAUCUUCUUCAUUCUCUCAGGUCUUUCUCUAGUAGUUGGUCUGGUGUUAUAUAUCUCCAACAUCAAUGAUGAGAUGCUGAACAGAACUAAGACGAACGAAGCCUACUUCAGCUACAAAUACGGCUGGUCUUUCGCCUUUUCCGCCAUCUCCUUCCUGCUCACUGAGGCGGCAGGCGUGAUGUCUGUCUACCUGUUCAUGAAGCGAUACACGGCGGAGGAGCUGUACCGGCCUCAUUCAAAUUACUACGGGCCGCGUCUCAGUAACUGCUCUGAUUACUCGGCUCAGUUCCUUCACCCGGACGCCUGGACGCGAGGACGCAGUCCCUCAGACAUCUCCAGCGAAGCCUCGCUCCAGAUGAGCUCCAAUUACCCCGCUCUGCUCAAGUGUCCUGAGCAUAUUUCCUCUUCCCCCUGCUGAGAAAGCUCUCUCACACACUCAUACACACACAUGCACAUACAGAAAAGUUUGACUUAAUACAGCUAGUAAAGAUCACUUUAUCAGUAUUUUUUUUUGAGAAGGGGUGUUAUCUAUUUCAUUUCAGUGUGCCUCAUGUUUCAAUCCUACAGUACAGCCGCUAGUCAUGCUAGCACGUAGCAAAUAUGUUAACCGAACAUUUUGGGAGCCUCCCAGUAUGUUUCAGAAUUCAUUUUUUUCAAUUGAUAUCAAACUGCUGUCUGUAUUAUCUGUUCUCCAUUAUUUCAAUUACGAGAAAGUGAAAAAUGUAGCGAGUGUUAUCAUAUUCCAAAUGGUGAGACACGCUCAGAUCUAUCUACUGUAGACGACAGUGUUUCACAAACCAGGAAAUGUACGUCUGCCUUAAAGAGUCAUUACUUAAAGACCCUCUGUGACUUGCUUGAUCAAAAACCUUGAACUUGACCUGAAUGCUGUACCGUUAUAGGAGCCAUCUUAGACAAAAUUAUUUUUUAGUACAGUUUGGUAUCAGCUCCCAGAUCUUAUAUUUGGUUGCUUGGAAAUGUGAUUGGAUGAAAAAAUGGUAGCUAAAAUAACAUAACAUAUAACAUAAUAUAAUAUAAUAUAAUAUAAUGUGUGGUGCAUUGGUUAGUUAAGUGCAUUAAUACAGACAAAGAGUAAUGAAUGAGAUUAUAAUUAUUAACCUCUUGUAACAACGUUGUUAUGUAGCACAUUAUGUUUGCAACGUUGACAAAAAAGUCACUUGGCCAACAUUUUGGUCAUAAGCCGUGGUGUUCAGUCCUCACAUCCUGUAAAAGAUUUAUUCGAGCCUGGCUACUGUGUUUAUUUUCUUACGAUAUGUUUCGUUCUCACUUGUAGUUACCCAAUCGCAGUGCACAACGCAUCAAGUUUCAACAUAGCUACAUACCAAAUGAGACCUUUUAUUUCGUGAAAGUCCGUGAGUGGGGGUUUAUUUGAACCUACUUGAUAACUGGGCAACUGUGAAUGCAAAUUGAACAGCCCGAAUACAAAAUCUGCUUGUCCAGCUGUGGAUAAACAGUGCUGUUUAAAGCAAAUGCAUAAACGAUUCAACUUCAUGGGAGGCCUGGUUUGGGAAACACAGCCUUUAUCUAUUUGUUAUCUGAUCAGUUAUAUAUUUUACCACCAAUACGAGAGAGAAAGGAUUGCGAUGUGUUCCCUACAAAUCUACAGCAUGGCCUUGACUCUGUUACCUCUUGCUUUGUAGAUCUCAUUAUAAGCCUUUUCAGAAUGAAUUAAUCAAAGUAAUGUUAUUCAUCAUCUAAUCCAAGUAGCUACAGUAUUUGUCUGCACUUUACCUGUCUGAUGGAUGAUACAGCAGUGACCGAGCAGAUUCUUUAUCUGUAGGUAUAUACAGGAUGAAUGUACAGAUCAUUGCAGUAAUUUCUCAUUUUAACUCAGUGCAGAAUAUCCUUCUUUCUGUGAUAUAAUUAUUCACUCACCAGCACUUCACAGAUAUGGAAAAACAAACAUCUCUAAAGAUACAUUUCCUAGUAAGUGUUCAUUUAACCAGUCCUGAUCUUUCACAGCAUAAAUAAUUAAUGCUAUAUAAAUGAAUAAGUAUUGGUCUGCAUAUUUUAUUAUUUUAUAUAUAAACACUUCAUAUUUACUACAUUUCCAUUAGAGGAUCUCAAAUCUGUGCAGAUUACUGUUGUUUUCUUUUAUAAACUGUCUAUAUUUGCAAAAUUGUAUGUGUUUAAACAUUUCUGAUAUUAAUAUUUUAUGUUCUAUGUAACUUAGUGAGGAAUGUCAAUUCUGUAGGAAAGAAUUGUGUAUAAUGAGUGUAGAGUAUAAUGAGUUGAGUACAUCUGCUUAUUAUGUUUUUUUGGGGGGGGUUUUUUGUUGUUUUUUUUUGCAGAUCCAUGACUUAAUGUUGUCCAACCAGAGAAUUUCCAUGUUUUGUUUUUAUAAACGGAAUUCAUAGGACAUCAGAGAGUUGACUUCUGGGUAGUUUGUUGAAAAAUGAAAUUUACACAAUAUUCCUCUUACUUCAUGUUUCAUGGUGGUCGUUGCUUGGUUUUUUUUUUUUUUGUGUGUGUGUCUUUUUCUCUUUUCUGUUUAGCCUACACACCAGAGCUACACGGAUAAUGAUGCUAACAAAUGUUUUGAACAGUUAAGAAAUUAUUUAACAGUUUCUGGACAACUUGAAUGUUAACCCUUCGGCGCUACUUCUUCUCGAAGUUUGAACAGGAAACUAGGACGUUGGAAAUGAUUCAGAUGAUAAUAUAAUUACUUAAAUUUGGAAAUGCAGACUCUUUUAUUUUUGCAAAAUCAGUUAUAAAACAUAUACACUGUCAUUUGAAGCGAUUUUAUUUGGGGUAAGUGGGAAAAGUGUGAUUUGUUCAUUUAUUUAUUUUUUUCCAAAUUUAUUCCAUUAAGUUUUUGCGCUGGAGUUUGUAUAGGAGAAAUACCUGAGAGACUUCUUAGCACUCUGCUCUAUGCUUGGAAUGGAAUUCUCCCUCAAUUGUACAUUGCUUUGAUUAAAACCAACAAAUUACAAAUUAUUAGCUAUCAUCCAAUAUGAAGUUUUAAAUGAGAUGUUCAAAACUCCGACUGCCAGCUGAAAUCAUACUCUAGGUGAAUAUACAUGUGAAAUAUCCGUGACCUUUUCUUUAACUCUAACCUUAAAAGCUGUGACUGAUUCAUGUGGCAUGUGUCAGUAAGAACAUGAUAAAUAACUGUAUUGCUUCUUACUUAGUCGUACUCAUUCAUUCAUUUAUAGACAUCACAUAAUGUAUUCAGUACAAACAGUGUUUGUUUGGGGUGUGUUUUUUUUUCUUUCUUCAGUUAUUUAUUUUGUGCAUAUUCAAUCAAAUGUGUAAAUAAGAUGGAGUUUUAUAUAGAACAAUUUGUUUAUUGAUGUUCUAAUCUGUAGCUACUGAGCCAGUGUGUAGCAAAAGCAGACGUAUAGUGUAUAACGUUCAACUAUGAUACUGUACAAUAUAGCCCUGUACUGUAGAAGAUGUGAGCUUUACACGUGUUAACCUUUGGACAUUGGAGUGCAGUAAACGUUAACCUGCAGUACAGCGCGGUGUGUUUGUACGGUCAUUUCCAUGCUGUGAAAUUGUACAGUAGAGCUGAAAUAAAGCUGACGAGUCC